AGGAGCGACGAUCGCCCGCGGAAGCGCCGAGCACGAAAGCGGCAGCUCCGGUCCACACCGCCGCCCGCGCGGCGCAUGGCGCCGUGCGCACUGUGCGCUGGCCGACACAUAGCCCCACUCGCCCCGCUGGCUCUGGUAUUCCCAAGGCCCGACGCCUGCUGCUGUGCAGCUGGCUUUUGCUGGGAGCCUGCUUCUUCACCUUUGCCGGGCCGGUCCGGCCAAGAAAAGGCCAGCCACGGCGGGCGCAGGAGGAGAUCGCGCCCAAGGCGAAAGAAGACUCGCAGGACCUUGAAGCCAAAGAGGUGAGGGUUGUUCGCGUGCUCCGCGUGACUUCAGGGUGUGCCUGCGAUGUGAAGGAAGCCCCAAAGAACCUGGAAGUGAAGGAGGAGGAGCCAGACGGAUCCGUACAACAGCGAAAGCAGAGUCGAGCCCUUGCUUGUUCCGGUCGCUCUCUGGCAGAGUGGCGGCCCCUUGAGGCGUUCUAUGAGCCAACGCAGGACACCAUCUUCUACAGCUUCCUGUCAGUGGCUGCAGCCACUGUCCUGGCUGGCGGCGGACUGCUGAUUGCCCAAGGCCUCAAUGCCGAGUACUUCAUUUUAGUGUUUGUGCUUGUUGUGAUUGCGUUCGGCUUUCUGGUGGCGCUCCUUGGGCUGAAAGCGGUUUCGCCGCAAGAGUCAGCGCCAGACGGCUCAUGAAUCACCUGGCGCAUGUAAAAGAGGCUGCUCAGGAAGUUUUGGUGCGCUUUGCACAUGUUGGAAAGGGAUGCCCCCAAGUCCUCAAAAGAUUGACAUUCGUGUCCAUUUCUUUGUGAAAGGCCAGGGGUGGCAAAGGUGCCGCGCGUGCUGUGUCGGAGCGGAGAGCCAUGUAGAGCAGGAGAGCCCCCUCCCCCCCGGCCCCGC